GACGUAGGCUGAAAAAUACUGAAAGAAAACGACCGAUCGCGAACGUUUCCCCAGUUUAAAAUUAGAUUAAAUUAUUUCGAUCGCCACACUGAAACCUGAAAACCAACAGCUGUUCCGACUGAAAACUGCGUGAAAAACUGUGAUUGUUUAAACAAUAUUUAGUGACACAAUGCCGUCGUUAAGUUCUCCAACUCAAUCAAUGGAUACCAUAUAUCCGGAACCCAUGUCGAGGUUAAAUAGGAGGGUUAUACCCAAAAAAAGAAGAGGAAAUAGCAAUAGAUAUCGAACUCAACCUGUCACAUUUUCUGAAAUUCAGGAAGUAGAUGAAGACAAUGUGGACGACUCAGCUCCGGUGGCGUGUUCCUCGACGGAACUGAACCUCCUCAACAAAAAAUUCGAGGAAUUCAAACGCAAUAGAGACCUGAUACUGAGCAAAAUAGAGCCCGAUACCAUAGACAUAAACAAAAACCAAGUGCCUCUAUCUACGUCAAGGUCAAUAGGUCGACUCCCUUCAAGGCCAUCGUUUUAGAUUUUGUAUAUUUUUUACAUAGGUAGAUGUUAACUAAUGAAAGUUAAAAUUAAACAAUGUGUAUAAGUUAGUCGAGCAGAACCAAUAAACGGAAAAGAUGGGAAAUUAUUUUUAUAUAAAAAAUUGGAUGAUUUCCAAAGAAUCUCUUGUUUCCUGGUAAAUACAUUUUGACAUGGUGAUUCAGACUUCACG